AUUGGGGAGAUGGCGGAGAGGAAGCUGUUCAAGACGAAGCUGUGCGUUUUGUAUCAGAGAGGGCGGUGCGCGCGGCAGAGCUGCUCGUUUGCUCACGGGGAGGCGGAGCUCCGUCGCUUCUCGGGCGGAUCCUUUCACGGUGGGCGGGACUCUGGAGGCGAUGACUUGAGGGAUAGGCUUGACAGAAGGCAUUCUCCGCAGCAAAGUUAUUCACCAGAGAGACAUAUAAGAGGCCGUCAUAUACUUCGUGAAUAUAGUCCAUCCAGGUCCCUUGAGAGAGAAAGCAAAAGAAGGAAGAAACACUUGGAUGGCCAAAGCGAUUUUUCUGGAAGUUUGAGAAUUUCAAAUGAGGCUGAAGAUGAAGUUAAAGAAGCAAAUAUUAAACUUAGUUCGACGGGUGUUCGUGAGGCGCAGUUAAAGCAAUUGCAGUCAGAGAUCGACGUGCUUGAUAACCGUAAAUCUCAAUUAGGGGUUCACGUGGAAGAGAAGUCUCAAGAAGUGGAUAGUCUCACUUCUAAAAUUAAGGAGCUUGAGGCUCAAUUAUUCAAAGAGAAAGAGGAAUGUAAGAGGAUUUCCUACAAGGUGAAUAAGUUUGUAAAAGCACAUUCUCGUCAUUCAAAGAUACAAGACCAACUAAAGAGAUCACAGGUCCGACUUAAUAAGUUGGGAGAUCAGCUUGCCUUAGAUAUUUAUGUAACUGAUGCCAAUGAAGAGGAUUCAAGCAUUAAUAUUGUUAGUGAUGGUGACACUACUGGUUUUCCAGUCAACCCCCAUAAUGAGCAGCUGCAUGAUGCUUCUCCAAGCAAGAAAAGGCUGGAUGCUAUUAGGGAUACCGCCAAAGAAUCAAAACAAAGUGCUCAUCCAACAAGAGGACAUCUGACAACAUCUAGCAGACCAAAGAAGCUCUCUCGGUGGAGCAUACACCCUACUCAAUCAAAUUUUGACAAGGAGGAGCCAGUGAACAAUGGAAUUGGUGGUCCAAAGGUUUUAGCAAAGCAAGGCAAACAUGACAGGAGAAAGACUGCUUCCUCAGGCAUCCUCUCUGCAGAUAAGUUAAAGAGUUCGGAGUCAGGACCUGUCGUACCCUCUACCAGUAUGGCUGCCCACGCAGUUGACACAGAAGUUGAAUUUGAACUGGAGGAUAAAAGUGAGAUGGUUGAGAAUGGUUCUGCUAGAAUUGAGGAAGGAGCUGCAUAUGAGAGAGGACGCUUUUCAUUUCACCUUCCUCCACCACCUCCAAUCCUUAGAAAUAACCAUUCGCAGCAUGAGGAGAUGAUGAGAUUAUAGACGUGCAGGGAGUUGAGUAGGAGAUGGUGCAAGUAUUUAGCAGUGAGAAGAUAAAUUUAGUUCAAGUAUUAGCUGUUAGAGACUCGUGUAUCUCCUACAUCUGAUGCCGGCUUUGCAAAGUUGUUUAAGUGAAUGAACACGGGUCGAUAAACAGAAGCACUGUUAAUGUAUUUGGUGUACAAUCUUCCUCGUUGCGUUACAUGGAGUUUAUAACUACAUGUAUAUUUUUAAGGCUUGAUGGAUCAAGCUUGAUUGCAUAGCUCAGUGUAGUAACAUACGAAUAUAUUCUUUCUUUUCGAAGAUUAUUUUCUUUUCUUUUCA